AUGUCACUUCCCGUCUGGCUCCUAGCCGUGCUUUUGGGGCUCAUACUAUACUUGUCAACCUACAUCGUAUAUCAGCGAUUCUUGCAUCCACUAGCCAAGUUCCCAGGCCCUUUCUUCGCAUCUCUUACAGAUCUUUGGCAGGUCUCUGAGUUUCUCUCCCUGAAGCAGCCGUACAAUCUGACUGCUCUCCACGAGAAAUACGGCCAGUUCGUCCGGUAUGGCCCGGAUAAGAUUAGCACUACAGCUGAAGAUGCUAUACCGAUCAUUUAUCAAAAGGGCGGUAGAAUGUUCCCGAAAACCGAGUUUUACGAUGCCUAUGGAUCGCACAUUCCGAACAUCUUUGGGAUGCGUGACGAAUCGAAACAUUCUGUCAGACGACGAAACAUGUCUUACAGCUUCUCCGCCUCGUCUGUAAAGAAGAUGGAAGACCUCUUGGACGAGAACGUCAAGAUCUUGAAGCAGAAAUUAUGCAAAUAUGCUGAAAGUGGCGAGGCUGUUGACCUCAAAAGGCUCUUCAAGUUGUAUACCAUUGAUGUUCUUGGCGAGUUAGCUUUCAGUCGGUCCUUUGCAGUUCAGGAAACUGAUGAUGAGUCCCGCGUACCACCGGUAGUCGAGCAUAGCUUGCUCGCGGCAGUGACUGGGGCAUGGCCUGCAAUGACAUUCAGGCUGAAACGAUGGCUUCCAAAGGUGCCUUCCCAAACCUUGAGACGAUUGUUCGAGGGCCGUGCAGCCGUUGCGAAACUGGCAGCAACGUGCGUUCAAGAGCGACUCACAGCCCUACGGAAUGCUAAAGACCUCGACGAUGAUGCAGCCGCACCAGAACGGAAAGAUCUCUUGACCAGCCUCAUUCUGGCCAAAGAUCCUGACACCGGAGAGAGGUUGUCUCAGAUCGAUCUCGAGGCUGAAGCGUUUGGUUUCAUCAUUGCGGGAACCCACACUACGAGUGCUACCACUUCACUACUCUUUUACCAUCUGCUGGAAGCUCCCCAAAUCAUGAGAAAAUGCGUGACUGAGAUUGACUCUCAGCUCCCGGCGUUGUGUGAAGACAAACCAGCAUAUGCGCUUGCGGAGGUCGAGGCUUCACUCCCUUUUCUCCGGAAAUGCGUCAAAGAGAAUUUCCGCGACACCCCAGUCUUCACAAUGCCAUUGGCUCGCAGAGUCCUUACUCCUGAGGGUGUAACCGUAGGAGGCGAGCACAUUCCCUUUGGGACCUCGAUUGCAGUUUGCAACCAUGCGUUUCACCACAAUCCAGCUGUCUGGGGCGAUGACCAUGCCAUUUUCGAUCCGGAUCGAUGGGAUCAGCCUGAAACGGUAGCGCGUGGACGCUAUUUGAUGCACUUUGGUCUUGGUGGUAGGCAAUGUAUUGGGAAGACACUUGCGCAGACAAACAUAUAUAAGCUGACGAGUACUCUACUCCGGGAGUUCGCUUUCGAGUACAUCAGGACAUACGCGCAGCUCGCAAAGAGAGUCAAGAACCUCGAGGCCCAAUUGCUAUGGACAUCAGCGUUUUCGGAUAAACCUCUUCAAGCUGUGCCUGAGCCAUUGGAUAGUCAGGAUGAGUCUGCCGUGGAUCUGUUGGCGACGAAAGCUUUUGACGAUUCACCACAACAAGACAUUGGCUAUUUCGGGCCUACCUCAAAUCAUGCUUUUUUCAGGCGACUGACCGAUGCUUUGACGCAAAGGUUACCCAUGUUAUGCCGGUGCGCUGGACAGGAUAUUAUCCUCUUAUCUACCAGCUUCCUCGACCAAAGACACUCAAACACUGCAAAGCCACCCUUGGAACCACUCCCGCAGCACAAUCCCACCAAUCCACAGUCUAGAAGUCAUGAUGUUGCGUCAAAUGAUCGAGAUCUGAAUGGUUUGAUGAAUAGCUUCUUCGAAGCCCAAGGUUCAGUCUUGCCAUAUGUCGACAAACACGCAAUCAGCUUCAAUGGAGCCCAUUCCUUCCUGGAAUUGUUUCACAACAGCUCGAACGCCAAGAAAGCGUUGUUGAAUGUCAUAUUUGCUCAUGCGGCACUUACCAAGUCAUGUCCAGAGGCCGAGAUAUUUUACCGCCGUACGCUUGCACUUCUCGAUGGAUUGUCUCUUCGUGGCUCCAGUCUGGAACUUGGUAUGUGA